AUGUGCUAUGUCGGGAAAGCAACUAAGAUCUUCAUAUUCAUAGUUACGGUGCUCCUCGUCACCGGCCUCGUCUUAGGGUUCGGUAUUCUCCGUCAUCAUCAUUACAAACAUGGCAGCAAUUCCAUGGUUUUUCCAAACCCCACUGCAUCCAGCCCCCCACCAAAUCCGAUUACUCCACCUCAUCCUCCUCUGGAAUCUCCAACCACUCCCGUCCAAGACAUUAGCUCUCCUCCUCCUCCACCUCCGACGGUUCCCGUGGAGGCUCCACCGCCUACUUUCAGUCCUCCGAGCCCUGUAGUUAACCACAUGUUCCCCUGA